AUGUCUGUCCCCGAAAAAGAGACAAAGCCUCCCUUGGAUACUAGAAUCGGAAAGGAUUCGCCUUUCACAUUUGGUCAGCGGUAUCUUACCGAAGAAAAGAAUGUUUUUGAUCACAAUGCAUGGGAUCAUGUUGAGUGGGGGGAGGAACAAAUUCAACAAGCCCAAGAGCUUAUAUCAAAACAAUACGACCUGCCUGUGAAGGACUUCGACAAAAAAUUGUAUAAUUCUAAUCCAGCAAAAUACUGGGAUAUCUUUUACAAGAACAAUAGAGAGAAUUUUUUCAAAGAUAGAAAGUGGCUCCAGAUUGAAUUUCCAUCGUUAUACAAAGUCACUGGAGAAGAUUACAAUAAGCCGGUUACCAUCUUGGAAGUUGGAUGUGGUGCAGGCAACACAUUCUAUCCUAUUUUGAACCAGAACAAGAAUCCUGGAUUGAAGAUUGUCGGGUGUGACUAUUCAAAAGUUGCAGUUGAUUUAGUCAAGAAUAAUGAAGCCUUUAAUGAACACCACGAAAAGGGGAUCGCAUAUUCCUCAGUUUGGGAUUUAGCCAACCCAGAGGGAACUCUUCCAGAAGAUUUGGAGGAAAAUUCUGUGGACAUUGUCAUCAUGGUUUUUGUGUUUUCCGCUUUGCACCCAGAUCAAUGGAAACAUGCCGUUAACAAUUUACAAAAGGUUCUAAAACCGGGAGGAGAGAUUCUAUUCAGGGACUAUGGUCGUUAUGAUUUGGCACAAGUGAGAUUCAAAAAGGGCCGUUUGCUCGACGACAACUUUUACAUUCGUGGUGAUGGUACUAGGGUGUACUUUUUCACCGAAGAAGAGUUGAGAGAAAUAUUUUGCACCAACGGGCCAUUCGAGGAAGAGAGAAUUGGCACAGAUAGACGUUUGCUUGUGAACAGAAAGAAACAGCUCAAAAUGUAUAGAAUCUGGCUUCAAGCAGCUUUCCGCAAGCCAUGA